GUCCCUGAAACAGUUGAGGGGCUGAGGGCCGUGCUCAGGGGCUGAACGGUAACAUGAUUCUGCCGGCUUUGGGGUUUGAACCAGCGACCUCCUAAUCAUAGACACAGAGCCAUAAACUGCACCCUAUAUAAAAUACUGGAGAGUUACCCAUAAUAAAGUGUAUACAAAGAUAUUAAGGACAGAGCAGAGGUCUGAUAUUAAGAAUUUUGCUCGUGAAAGGCAGACAAUGUACCCGGAAAUGUAUCAAAACCUGAAAAUUAGUAAAGCAGGGAUGACUGUCAGAAAUGAAUUUCCAGCCUGCUGAUUCCCGUUCGGGGGCAGCAUCAGUGUAAACACCCUCUGCCCCUGUACCUGAUUCUCGCCUUUAGCUGCUGCUCCGGUAGUUGGGUUGUAGGUCUUCACUGAGGAAUGGUGGCCAAGCAACACUAUGGAGCACAUAAAUGUGGCAGAGGACAGGGCAUAUCUGGGGAGUCACACUUCAUCCCCCCUGCCCCAUAUGCUGAGGCCCGUCAGGCCCCCUUCUCUAGAGCCCGUGGAGCGCAUCUCCUGCACACCAGAUGUGACGUGAUGCCUUCAACAGCGGUGUAAGGGAAGAUGAGGAUGAAGGACAGUUAAGAAAUCAGAAGAUGGAAGACCUCAGGAUCAGAACACAGGGGGAAUGUCAGGAAGUACAAACAUGGGUAUGGGGACAUUGUAUGAAAAGGAUGGUGACAGCCCUGUGCCAGUCGGAGGGAAACCAAGAGAUUACUGGGGUGAAAAAAGAGGGAGGGGCCAUAAGGUUGUAGGAGGAGCAAGAAACCUACAUAGCAAGACAACCAGGGCAGAAGGAUUCGAAACCAUCCCCUCAGAGCUGCUUCUUGGUUCAGAAAAGCUCCAGAGACAAGAUGAUUGCCAAAGUGAUCCUUUUCUUCUGCUGCUGGCUGUCAGCCUUGGAAAUACGUCUAAGGUCACGCCCAAGAAGGACAGACCUUCUCUACUAGUCGAGGUGUCCAGAACAGCCAUAUUAGAGUGCUGCUUUGAUGGGAAUGAUGUGAAGCCAAUAUGGAUUUGCAAUGUUGCCACAAAAAAUGCCACCAACCCAGAGCGCCGUGUAAACGAAACCAGUGAAAUCAAGCAAGAGGCAGGAAAAGUGGGCUGCCACACACUGAAAUUCUCAAAUGUCAAACUGACGGAUACAGGCUUUUACCAGUGCCUUGUCAAUGACUCCAGCAUAUAUUCCCAUGGCACCUUCCUGCAGGUUUACAGGCCUCUAAGGAAGUUCCUGAACCUCAGCGAGAGUGCUAAGAACAAGAUACUUAUGUUUGAGGGUAUUUUGCUGCUGUUCUGUGUGAUCAUGCCAGGAGUUAUGCUGAUCAAGAAGACAAAGAGGCACCACCAGCUGGAGAAGAUAAAGUACAAAAAGGAAGAAGAGAACAUUUAUGAGGGCCUGAAUAUCGACGAGUGCAGCUCCGCUUACCACCAGAUUCAGCGAUCUCAGGUGCAAGGACCCUACCAGGAUGUGGAUAACAUUAAGGGAGAAGAGAUUCAGCUGGAGAAGCCGUAAUUGAGAGGGGCUUCAGGGGCCUACAUAAUGACAGGGAGAUAAAAUUACAGUGGAAGGCUAACUGCUGCUGAGCAAACGAACAUUCAAAAGAAAUUGCAGUAUACAUGCCUCUUAUUAACCUGUUCAGCAACGACACUCUUUUAAGUAUAGAUUUUCUAACGUGGCUUUUUUUCUGCUAAAUGUAAAUUGUCCGCGACCCUGACCAGAAUAAGCGGCUGAAAACUGCCAUAUUACACAUUAGCGUAGCGAUUCUAGGCCCUGUUCAGGGAGGUUUAACGCCGUAUUUUUUCUUUUAAUCCAUUUGCCCCCUAUUUUCGUACACAUUUUGUAACAAUGUUAUCGUCUGCAAGUCCUAUUUUAUUUAGUCUCACUUUAUUUAGCACCCCCCCCCCCCGCGUCGGCUCACGCCUCCUAAAUAAGUGAAAUAGCCCGUUGUACAUUCAUUUAUCUGUGUAACUUGCUUUCGCAGUUGUUUGGAUUCAUGACUAUUAAAAAAAAACUGAGCCGAGUCCUUUGGGAACA